UGACUUAAAAGUGUAGUUAGUGAUGACUAAACAUGACUUAAACAUGUACUUAGUGAUGACUAAACAUGACUUAAACAUGUACUUAGUGAUGACUAAACAUGACUUAAAAGUGUAGUUAGUGAUGACUAAACAUGACUUAGUCAGCAUGAAUGGCAGCACUGCAAUGCAGCUGUACAUUCAUGCCACACACACACACACACACACACACACACACACACACACACACACACACACACAUGCCAGUGCCCCCCCCCCCUCCCUCCUGGUCCUCUGCAGGACAGUUAGCCGCAUUAGCUCCAGCGCUGUCCUCAGAUGACUCCGCCCCCUCCCUCCCCAUGUCUGUCUGCUCCCCCCGCCCCUCACACACACACACACACACACACACACACACACAGGAAGCAGCAGACGCUGCGUAGCCGCACGGAGGAGGAGGAGGAGCAGGAGCAGAGAGGAGGUGAACAUCUCCACAACAACUAAAGUCUUCUCGCUCCUCGGACUUGCCAGCCGGGUCGGACUAAGCGUGAGCAGGACUGGACUUCAGCAGGUCAGACAGUAAAGCAAAGAUUUGACCUUCCGACCUUUUCCACAGCCUCCUCCUUUGACCCCCGACCCCGCCGCCACGCCAUGGCCUCGAACCCCCGCGUAGGCGACCCCGACACGUGAUCCCGCCCUGACUCGGUCCCGCGCCGCCAUGACGGAGGGGCUGCUGCAGGUUGAGAUCCCGGACUUCGGCAGCAGCGUGCUGGGCAGCCUGAACCAGCAGAGGCUGCUGGGAAACCACUGUGACGUGGCCAUCCUGGUCCAGGGUCAGCUCUUCAAGGCCCACCGCGCCGUCCUGGCCGCCUCCUCGCUCUACUUCCGAGACCUGUUCAGCGCCGAGUCCUGCCAGGCCAGCGAGUCCUCGCAGGUGACUUUCGAGCUGCCCUCCUCCGUCACGCCCGCCUGCUUCCGGCAGAUUCUCUCCUUCUGCUACACGGGCCGCCUCAACGUGGCGCACGGCGAGCAGCUGGUGCUCAUGUACACCGCCGGGUACCUGCAGAUCCAGAACAUCGUGGAGCGGGGGCUGGAACUCAUGAUGAUGAAGUCCUCCUCGUCCUCGCCGUACUGCUGUGACUCACAGACCACUUCAGCGGACGAGCUGGGAGCUUCCGAGCCGCCGCUGGUCCAGAAUCCUCGGCCGCGGGGGGCCAGUCCGUCCAUGAGUCCAGAAGAGCUGCUGCUGGCGGUCAGCAGGAUCAAACAGGAGAGACAAGACUCGCCUCCCGCAGAAGACAUGGAGUCCAGAGCCGAGCUCCGGACCGCCACAGGGGGCGCUGUGUGCUACCUGGGCGCAGGUGGGGGCGUGGUUCUGGGCCUGCAGUCCUACCUCCUGGCAGGUGGGGGGCGCUCUAGUUCGGAAGGCACGGACUCGCCCCCCUCGCACCCCCCGACCGAGGAGGAGCUGGAGGACAACUACUUCAGCCAGUCCGGAAUGUUCCAGCACGUCUUUGGACAGGAGAAGAUGGAGCUGCUGCGUCCGGCGCCGGGCAGCGAGCGGCGUGCGUGCGUGCUGGUGGGCGGGGACAACAUGGCGCUCCCGGCCAGUCUGGUCAGUCAGAUUGGAUAUCGAUGCCACCCCUCCCUCUACGGCGAGGGGGAACCUGGGGAGAAGGUGGAGCUGGUGGCAGGCUCAGGUGUGUUCAUGACCCGAGGUCAGCUGAUGAACUGUCACUUGUGUGCUGGAGUCAAACACAAAGUUCUGCUCAGGAGGCUGCUGGCAACCUUUUUUGACAGAAACACUCUGGCCAAUAGCUGUGGGACUGGGAUCCGCUCCUCCACCAAUGAUCCCAGCCGAAAGCCCCUGGACAACCGAGUGUUGAACACAGUCAAAGUCUACUGUCAGAAGUUUGCUCCGAGCUUCAAGGAGAGCGAGAUGAACGUGAUCGCAGCAGAUAUGUGCACCAAUGCUCGCAGAGUAAGAAAGCGUUGGCUCCCCAAGAUCCAUUCUCUGCUCGCUGACUCCGCCCCCCAGCCCCGCAGGGCCAGGAGGGGGGCCGCGGUGCGAGGGGACGUCCAUUUGGAACUGGAGCUACGUCCGGCAGGCCAGGAGGCGGACAGGGAGGAGCCUCGCCUGCAGCUGGUUGGCUCGCGAGGGGGAGGAGCCAGGCAGAUGGGCGUGGACGCAGGAAGUGACGGGCGGUCACAACAUCAGGACCCCGCCCUCUGCGUCUCGUCCUCCUACUCACCUGAGUCCUCCCCCUACCUGGCUGAGACUGCACCUCCUGACACUGAUGACAGGGGGGCGGAGCCUCUUCAACACAGCCAAUAAGCUCUUGACUGCAGGCGCCUAACUGU